CGGCAGCAGCGUGGUCACAUGGCAGAGUAAAAUCAGGAGCGGUCUCCAACCAACGGCGGAGAGAAGGAAAGCCCCCAGCCCAGGGCCCAAAAACCCUCUUCCGCCGUCGCCGAUCGCCCAUGGCGUCCGCUCCCGGCCGUCCCUUCCUCGUCCCCAAGCCAGAUCCCGACGCCCCCGCUCCCACCGCCGAGCUCUGCGCCGCCCUCCUCCGCCGGGUGUCCACCAAGCCCGAACCCGACGCCGACGCGCUCCCGGCCCCGACCCAGACGACGCCUCUCACCCCCGAGCUCUGUGCCACACUCCGCCGGGAGCUCGAGCCCUCCCCCGACGACCAUGCCGACUUCGCCCACAGCCUCCGCCUCGCCCAGCGGCGCCUCGACGCCAUCUCCGCCAGCCUCUCCACACCUCCCCAGCCAUCGCCUCCCUCGCCACCGCCUCCCCCACCUCCGCCCGCUCCGCGCAGCGCCAGCCUUUCCUCUACGCCUCCCCCGCCUCCGCCUGCUCCGCGCAGCGCCGACCCGGCGCGGGCCUCUUCCUCGACUGCCAGAGCCAGCGCCAAGGGCAAGAAGCGCGCGCGCGGCACCGCCGGCCCGGAGAUGGUGCGCGCCACCGUCACCGCGGAGGCCGACCACCUCGAGGUCCGCACACUCGUGCGCCGGGCGCGCCUCACCUUCGAGGCGGUCCGAGGGAUCUACCACCGCGGCGGCCGCAUGCGCGCCGACAUGACCGCCCUGAGCACGAUGCUCUCCCAGGGCCUCUGCCUCUACCGCGACGUGCGCAUCGUCGGCCCCAUCCCGGGUGUCUUCGUCGGCGACGUCUUCAGCUACCGCGCCGAGCUGAUCGUCGUUGGCCUCCACAACCAAACCCAGGCCGGCAUCGGCUUCAUCCCCGCCAACCUCGUUAGCGAGGGCCACCCCGUCGCCACCAGCAUUGUCUCCUCCGGCGGCUACCUCGACGACCACGACAACGGCGAAGUCCUUAUCUACACCGGCAGCGGCGGCCGCCCGCGACACGGCGUCGAGCACAACACCGACCAGGAAUUCGAGCGCGGCAACCUCGCGCUCGCCUACAGCCACAAGUACGGCGUCGAGGUACGCGUCAUCCGCUGCCACGACUGCGACACCAGCCCCAGCGCCAAGCUCUACGUCUACGACGGCCUCUACAAGGUCGACUCCAUCACCUACGGCCCCGGAAAGUCAGGCCACGAGGUCUGCAAGUUCAAGCUCGUUCGCAUCCCCGGCCAGGCCCCGCUCGGCAGCAAGAUCUGGCGCUCUGCCCGGGAUCUCACGAACAUGCUCGACUCCAACAUCCGGCCGCGCGGCUACGUCACUCGAGACCUGUCCAAGGGCAAGGAGGUGAUCCGUGUCCCCGUCUUCAACAAUGUGGAUCGAGACAUGUCUCCCCUCGGCUUCGAGUACAUUGCCCGCCCUGACUUCCCGGCGCCCCCGGUGCUGCCCAGGACGGCGAGGCGUCUCAAGUGCUGCCAGUAUGCGACGGCGUCGUGCGGCGGGACGUCGUCAUCUGGCAGCUGCGCCUGCGUGAGGAAGAAUGGCGGAGGCGGCCCGGCGUACAAUGCCGACGGCACGCUCGUCAGGGGAAGGCCGGUGGUGUACGAGUGUGGCGCGCAGUGCGGGUGCCCAGCGAGCUGCUCGAACCGGGUGACGCAGCGGGGGAUGCAGCACCGGCUGGAGGUGUUCCGGUCGAGGCAGACAGAUUGGGGCGUCAGGGCACUGGACUUGAUCCAGCCGGGCGCCUUCGUCUGCGAGUUCAGUGGAGACGUGGUUACCGUGGACGACGACAGUCACCACGAAGGCAAUGCCGCCGGCGCGUCGACUGAAUGGGGCGGCAUCGUCGAUCCGAGGAAGUUUCGGGCGAGAUGGAGGGAGUGGGGAGACGCCUCCGCUGCCACGCUUCCGGACGACGCCGAGGAGCCUCCCCGAUUCGCACAUUUGGCAGGGCCGCGCCCGCGCUACGUGCUGGACGUGUCCCGGAGGAGGAACUUUGCUCCCUACAUCAGCCACAGCAGCGCCCCGAACGUGUUCGUCCAGUUGGUGCUCCGUGGCGACGACAACGAGUCGUACCCUCGUCUGAUGUUGUUCGCCAUGGACACCAUCCCGCCGCUGCGGGAGCUGAGCAUCGACUACGGCAUCGGUCCGUGAUCUGCAAAGUUAACUGGCGAGAGGGAUCAGAGAUGAAAAGGUUUUACUGCAUCUUAAGCUCAAUAGCUGGUGGCUUCACGGGUCUCUGUUGUUGGUGGGGAAUUUUCCUUUUGUCAUUUCGUCAUUCUUGAUGUGGGUUUAGGCAGGGCUUACUUGCACAAGUGCUGGUGUAGUUACCUUAGUACAGGUGGCUGGCACAAAACACGUUCAGUCCUUCAUAUUCAGGAACUCUAUCGCGUAUUUAUGUGGCGAAUCAGACUCUGAACCUUGCAUCUCAUAACAUGGAUGAAUGUUAAGUUAAUCCCUCCGAUCCAAAUCUAAGUCGACUAGCAGUUUAGCUAAAGCACAUCUAGAUGUGCCAUAAGUAUUGCAUAUCUAAGUCUUAAAUCAUUGAUCUUACGGAA